AUGGUUUUUACACCUCCAGCAUGGGUUCCCAAUGAUCCAUUGAAUAUACCAGAUGAUGUACCAAUCAGUCAAUUCAUGCUCAAUGAGAAACACGGCAGAAAACCUCUCAAGUCAUCUCGCAAUCCAUUCACAUGCGGUAUCACUGGAAAAACAUAUACAGCUUUGGAACAAGUUCAACGGGUAGAACAUUUAGCAAGAGCUUUGUCAAAAGAAUUAGGAUGGCAACCAAAUACGGGAACAGAAUGGGACAAAGUGAUGGGCAUAUUUUCUCUCAAUACUAUUGAUUUCAUGACAUUGGCAUAUGCAGUUCACGAAUUGGGUGGAGUGGCUUCACCUGCGAAUGCUCAAUAUUCUGCCCCGGAAUUGGAAUUUCAAUUGAAGUCCUCAGGGGCUAAAGCACUUUUCACGUGUAUACCUUUACUCGAGACCGCUUUACAAGCUGCCAAAGGAGCCGGAAUUAAAAAUGAUAAAAUCUAUAUUUUAGACAUGCCAGAGAUGUUGACUGGGGGAAAGAAGGUGCCAUUUAAGACUGCAGAUGAUUUGAUUUCAGCAGGAGAAAAGCUCCCAAAAUUAGAGCCAUUGAGAAUGGAGAAGGGACAAGCAGCUCGACAAACAGCAUACUUGUGUUACUCAAGUGGAACUUCAGGGUUACCCAAAGGAGUCAUGAUCAGCCACCAAAAUGUUAUGUCAAAUAUCCUACAACUCAAAGCGUAUGAGAAAGACUAUAGAGAUCAAUGGGAAACAGAUACAGAAGUCGGCUUGGGUCUUCUUCCUCUAAGCCAUAUUUAUGGUCUAGUCAUCGUGGCCCAAGGAACAACUUAUCGCGGUGAUGAAAUAAUUGUGCUUCCCAAAUUCGAGCUCAAGUUAUUCCUCAACAGUAUCCAAACCUAUAAAAUUCGAGGUCUCUUCCUCGUCCCUCCAAUCAUUAUCCAACUCGUAAACAAUCAAUCCAUCUGCUCAAAAUAUGACAUCAGUUCCGUACGGGGUCUCUUCACCGGAGCCGCACCUCUCGGUACAGAAACCGCAGAAGAGCUUCAAAAAAUCUAUCCUAAAUGGGUUAUUCAACAAGGCUACGGCUUAACCGAAACCUCCACCGUGGUCUGCAUGUCAUCCGCCAAAGAUCUCUGGCUCGGCUCCUGCGGAUCCCUCAUCCCCGGCGUGCGCGCAAAAUUGGUCAAUCCAGAAGGUGUCGAAGUCACGGGUCUGAACCAACCGGGUGAAUUGGUCGUCCAGUCCAAAUCCGUCGUGCUCGGCUAUCUCAAUAAUGAGAAAGCGAAUCACGAAACGUUUCUCCCCGAUACAGAUGGAAAUGGUAGAUGGAUGCGCACGGGUGAUGAAGCGGAGAUCCGUGUCAGUCCGGCGGGACAUGAACAUGUUUUUAUCGUGGAUAGGAUCAAGGAACUUAUUAAAGUAAAAGGCCUCCAAGUCGCCCCCGCCGAGCUCGAAUCCCACCUCCUCUCUCACCCCUCCAUCGCCGACUGCGCCGUCAUCCCCAUCCCGGACCCCGCCGCCGGCGAAAUCCCCAAAGCCUACGUGGUGAAAUCCACAUCCGUCGGCAUCGAAGAAAACGACGCCCUCAUCAAAAGAGAUAUUUGCAAAUGGGUGGAAACGCACAAGGCGCGACAUAAGUGGUUGAAAGGAGGUGUGGAGUUUAUUGAUGUGAUUCCGAAGAGUCCGAGUGGGAAGAUUUUGAGGAGGUUGCUGAGGGAUAAGGAGAAGGAGGCGAGGAGGGCGAAGGGCGCGAAGUUGUAG